CAAAAGAGGCAAAAUCGUAUGAUACGAUAUUAGGGUUUUGGUUUGGCCGCGAUAAACCUCAUUGCUUUUCAACCAGUUCGAUUCUCCCGUCCCCUUCAUCAUCUUUCUUUCUAGGGUUCCAACAUGAGCAGAUCAGGUCAACCUCCAGAUCUUAAAAAGUAUAUGGACAAGCAACUACAGAUCAAGUUGAAUGCGAAUCGGACAGUGGUGGGGACUCUUCGUGGGUUUGACCAGUUCAUGAAUCUAGUCAUCGACAACACAGUGGAAGUCAACGGUGAAGAGAAAAAUGAAAUCGGCAUGGUGGUUAUCCGAGGCAACAGCGUAGUGACUGUUGAAGCUCUAGAGCCAGUCGCCAGAGCUCAGUAAUUGAUGCUAAGUUUAUUCUGUAUCGUUUUAUCGCCUUUUCUAGAAAUUUGAUCUAGCAGUAACUGAUGUGAUACUUGAAACUUUGUAGAGUAUGAUCGGUUUCAUGCUAUACUAGACUUGUAAGAAGUUGAAUUAUGGUUGGAUGUCGUUAUUAUCGUUAUUUUAUUAUCAACAGCAGUUUUACC